AUAUAUACUCAAGAUCACCAGGACUACAGCAGCCCUUCUUGGGUCAUGUGAUCCCAGCAUGGGAGAGAGACUCCCAGAGGGGUUGCUGCACUGUGUAUUAUGGAUGUUUGUGUGUUUGCAUAGCGGAGAUAGGAUAAUCAUUUUAAUGCAAAAAAAAAACCUUACAGGCAUAUGUGGUUUACAGGCACUUUCUAUUUUACGAAUAGCUUGUCGUUAGAAUUUGUUGAUGCAUUAUAAAAUAAGGUGAGAUCAGCUCACUUUGUAGAAGCUCCUCCUCCUGUGAAUUUUGACCCUGAUACCUCAGGGUCUCCAUUCAACAGCUGGCAGCCAUGUUGUUCCUAAGGCAACCCAAAGCUUACCCUCAUUGGGCUCGUAAAAGAACAGAGCGUGAAACAGAAAGACAGGGGGGAUCACCUGGUCUGACAGUACUUGUAUGUCUGUCUGUGUGCAGCAUGGGUUAUGACGUGGAGCGUUUUGUGGGCUACGUGAACGAAGGUUUGCUGUGCUGUGUGUGUCGUGACGUGUUGGAGGAUCCUCUGCAGGCUCCAUGUGAGCAUGCUUUCUGCAGUACCUGCAUUCAUGCCUGGCUUGUGAACCAUCAGAACUGCCCUGAGGAUCGGCUCCCCCUUAGCAUCGCAAACCUGCGGCCGCUCUAUAGAUACAUGCGGAAUGACUUGGCAAGGCUCCAGGUGAAGUGUAUGUAUCGCUCACAAGGAUGUGAGAUCAUCUGUGCGCUGGAGUCCAUACAUCGGCAUGAGGAACAGUGUGACUUUGCUCUGUUUAAUUGUAGCAACGGUGGUGAGGAGUACUUGUGUUACCGCUGUGGUUGUCCAGUGCAAGUGUCUCAGCAUUCUCUGGAAGCACACUUGUGUGUGUGUGAGUAUCGCAACAGAGUGUGUGCAAGUGGGUGCGGAUACACACUAUCAAACACAGACGAGGCUCAGCACAACUGCAUCUCUGAACUCCGAGCUGAGCUGGACUUGCUGAGGACUGAAAUGGAUUGUAAGGUUGAGGAAGUGAGACGUGAGAUGGAGUCCCGGCUGGAUUCUCAGAGGAGACACAUGGUACAAAAGGAGAGCCUACUAAAAAACGAGGUGGAUGAGCUCAAGGGAAAGCUGUCCCGUGUGGUGUCUGACGUGUGUGCAUUAUUGGGAGCAGAGCGAACUCGCAGGCAAGAGCUGGAGAGGGCAGAGCUUGAGAAAGCAGAGCUUCUGGAACGUCUGAAGAAUGAGGUUCUUAAACCAGGCACAGCCACUCAAACAGCCAUGCGUCAUGAUGAGGAGCAUCGCAAGCAAAACCCACAUAGCCUAACAUUAGACUGCCUCAAGAAGAAGAGCAGAGACGUCACGGUUCUCUGAAAACCAGCACACACCACUGCAUAACUGUUCAUGGGCCUGCUAACUGCCA